CGGCACAACCGAUCUUUGCCGCUAUCCCAUGAGCUUGACGCUGAACCACGCGGAACUCUUCAAGGUCAGCGCGAUUUCAAGCAGAGCUACGCUCAAGUUGCUUCCUCUGAGUAAGAAGAAGAAAAAGCAAAAACUCGUCAUUGGCGAUGAUUCGGGCGUCGUGUCGUCGUUUCAAAUGAAGAAGGGGGAGCCGGCAUCUGUGUACAAGUCGACGCCUCACGCGAACCCGAUUACGUGCAUCACCAUGGGAAACUUCAAGGGCACCGAAGACCGCGCAUACGUGUCGAGUGGGCAACAAGUCGUCGGGUACAACAAAAAGGGCAAAGAGUUCUUCAAAUUCCCGACGAAUUUGUCUGAAACGAUCAAUCGUGUGCACUCGUACGACUCCAAGCUGUGGUUGUCUACCGAUUACAUUUACAACCAGUUUGAAAACGGCGUUGACAAGGAGACUGUCAUGUGCCAAGACCGCAUCAACGAUCUCUUAUUGCAUCGCGACGCCGAGUCGAACGAGUUCCACGCCGUGUUGGGCUGCCAAGACAAGUACAUUCGCGUCAUGAAGGGCAAUACCGUGCUGACCAAGAAGUCGACGUCUGCUGCGAUUACAACCCUGACGUCAAUGGGGUCCCAUAUCCUCUACGGCACGGCAUCAGGCACGAUUGGACUCGUCUCGAUGACGGGCGGUGGUAAGAUCAAAACGGUGUGGAAGACCGCGCAGGACAAGACGGCACCGUCACCGAUCACGUCCAUGGUGGCGUACGACAUUAACAAGGACGACGCGGUCGAAGUCGUGAUCGGUCGGGAAGACGGGCGAGUGGAAAUUUACUCGGUGGACGAAAGCGGCAACAUCGUCAAGGAAUUUGAACACGUCGCGAGCGAGAGCGUCCGGGCGAUUCAAGCGGGUGUCCUCGGCACACCUGGGUACGACGAAGUCGUGCUGUGUACGUACUCGGGGCGGGUCAUGUCGCUAACGUCGGAGCCAUUGGAUCAACCGGAUAACGACGACAGCUAUGGGCGAUCGCGCGGCACGGUGCAGCGUGAAACACGCAUCGUGAAGCUGCGAAAGGAGAUUGCGGUGCUGGAAGAAAAGGUCAUGAAGGAAAAGGACAGGUCGACGCGUAAAGGAGACGAGUGCCUUCCGGUGGUGGAGGAGGUGCCGGUGAAUUGUCAAUGCGUGUUGAAUCCUGAAAAUCAAACUUACGACAUUGGCGUCGAGAUUCCAGUCCCGAUUGCGUGCGUCAGCCUGCACUCGACCGUUCCGUUGGACUUGCUCGACACAGCCAAGAACCAAGCGAUUCUGUGCCGGUCGCCGGCCGACCCAGCAAACCACACGCACGUCCUGGCAACGUAUCGAUGCCAGGAGCUGACGAAUCGACUCGAGUUUCGUAUUCGAACGUUGGAAGGGCAAUAUGGCGAAGUCGAACUCACGGUGCUGGCAGAAACCGUGCCCAAGUCGGCCCAAUGCGUCAAAAUCGUUGUUAAACCGCUGAGUCUGCACCAUCGCGUGAACGUUGUCGACUCGAAGGACGUGGACGAGGCUGUGAUGAACUCGUUGUAUUUCACAGGCGCGUUCUCGCUCGUUCAAGUGCACGAAUGGGUCGCUUUCUGCCUUCCCGACGUCCCUGUCCGCAUGCAAGACGACGAAGGAAAGCUCUACUUUCGCAACGCGUUCGUCGGGAAUGUCCUAGUGUGUGAAUACAGGAAGGGCGAGGCGCGGUUUCUGUCGAGCUCGGUGUCGACGAUUGCGAUUUUGAAGGAAGUGAUUACGAAGGAAGCAACGAUCCGCAAGGUCACGCUCAACAUGACGUUCGAUAUCAAGAACGAGAGCACUCCUGCCGUCCUCGCGCUGCUCCGGCCUAAGCUCGAUGAGAAGCAGAUGCUGGCGUCGCAAGUCAAGAUCAUCGAAGGCAUCAAGGAGUUGCAAAUGCACGAGGCCGACCAUUCGUUGUGGAUGUCGUCCGAGUACCAACGCAUCCUGGCCGACGCCGACCGUAUCGUAGCCGAUUUCCAAGCGAGUCCCCGCGCCAUGAGCUACAUCACGGGCGUCCUCACCGACUUGUUCGUGGACAUUUCCAAGUUUCGCGGCGUGAACCCCAAGGCUCACUUGCCGCGCCUGUUUCAAAUUCUCGACCAGUACAACUACGACGCGCUCGUCGAGUUUUUUACCCGCGCGCCGUAGAGAGCCUCAUGCUAAAGAAGAUCCACUGAGCACCACGAGUCCCAUCUCUAUUGCAUGCGCCUGAUGAUGUGUGGUGGAAUGACAGCGAAAGCUAGGACGGUGCCGCGAAGACAGUCGUCUG